AUGAGUUUUGACUCUUUGCCAUUAGAAAAUGUCAAGGAGAUAUUUAAGCAUAUUGCUUGUAUUUUUGUUGGAAUGGAUAUAGAUUCUAGUGUAACAAUAUUAGAUGCAUGUGAUAUUGAGACAGGAUCUGGGAUUACGAAUCUUAUUAAUAGAGGUGUUCUUAGUAUCAGAUGGAAUAAAGAAUUAACGAUGUAUCAGUUGGUCCAAGAGAUGGGAACAUUUUUGAUACGGAAUCUGGUUUCUCUUGAGAUGUCAUAUAGAAAGAUUGAAUCAUUUGGGAUUUCUUGUAGCUAUCCACGACUUCUUAAGAGGCUAAAGUUUCAGCAAUUAACUAGAUCGUGCUCAAAAGACAAUAGGUUGCUUGGAUCGUUGAAGAUUCUUAAUUUAAGUUUCUGUGAACAACUUUGUUGUAUGGGUGGCAUUGACCGCCUCCCUAAACUUGAGAGGUAG